AAUUAACAUGACCCAUGACCCAUGACCUUUCUUCAUCUUUAGUACCCUUAUUUCUUCCUUAAUUCUUCGGGUCACUCCUGAUUCCACCUUCCCCUCCUUUUAUUAACAUAGUGCUUAUGUCUUUCUAAUAUUCCUCAUAUUCUUUUUCUUUCCCAAGCUGACAACACAGCACAGCCUCAGGCAAUAAGAUCAACUUAUAAUUCAUAUAUCCGAUGCUACCAGAACCAGUGCCUAUAGCAACACCGGGCAAGAAUUCCCGCUGGUUUGCACAAUCACUUCACCUAACUUCAUUCAAGUUCGCUAUAUCGAUUGGCCUGGUGCUAAUCCUUCUUUUGACAAAGACAUUUGGCAAUUCGGUCUUGAGCAGAAUCGCAACGUUCAUCCUCGCCGCACCCAUCGUUUUCAUCCUUUCUCUUUUGACAUUAGCUGCUUCCAACAUUGCAUUCUCUAUCCUUUAUGCUCGUCGACAACGUCAAAAUGCAGCUACUGCUCUUUCUGUUACUAGCAAUGUUCAACAGAAUAAAAGCAACCACACCAAUAGAACCAUGCCAGGUUCUGAAUCGCGCCUCAUGUUCCAUUACCUUCGUCCUGCAAAGUUCACUCGUCCAGUAGUCUGGAGCAAUAUUGAAAAACAGCGACGACAAGAACAGGUUGCCGAAUAUAGGGAACCUAUAGCUAAAACUAUGCCCGAUUUUUCUGACGCGGUCGAUUCAUUGAUUGAACUCAUCAUACGUGACUAUGUAGCAAGUUGGAUGCGUUCUAUCACUCCUGAGGUGAUGCUUCAACAACGCAUCGAAAAGCUGUUAAGGAUUGCUCUAAUACGUCUCAAAACCCGUCUCAUGGGUCUAGAUCUCACACAGUUACUCGUAACGAGAUUAGUUCCCAAAGUGACAGCUCAUGUUAACGAUUUCCGUAAAGCAGAGAUGGCACUCCGCGGAAAUUCACUUGAACGAUCCUUAACAGAAUCUGAUGAAUUAGAUAUCAUGGUAGCUAGCAAGUUCCGCAAUGGGAAAUUACAUCGAGCGCUCUCAACCUCCAUCUCAACACAGGCGACCGAGGAAGCCUAUCUUCGAAAUGUGGUACAGGCCAUUUUGCCGACACUGUUGCCGCCAUCUGAAGUUCAAAGCGAGAUCCUACGACACUUACUUCGUGAAUUAUUAGUAUGUGUUGUGUUGAGGCCUGUGAUGGAUCUCUUGUCAGACCCGGAUUAUUGGAACCAAAACGUAGAUCUUUAUAUCGGGAAAGCGAUAAGAGAACAGAAUAUGGUCAAGAAAUUGCGAGAGGCAUUGAAGCAACAUACAGACAACAUGGAUUAUGAUUCAAAGAGUCUUAGUAGUAAUUCAGUAGACCCUUAUGGAGCAGGAGCAGAUCUUUAUAGUUUCGAAGAUUUUCUGAAAAUGAUCAAGCGCUGUGAUAGUCUGUUGGAUGUCAAAAGAAUUCGAAACACCAUCAUAACUCAGAUCAGGAAAAAGAAAUCUUUGAUUGCGGGAUGUGAUAAAGACGAGAUUGUCAACGGUAGCAAGGUCGAAGAUAUUAUAGUCUAUAUCAACAGAUUGGAUAUUGCCAAGAAACGUGCCGAAAAGCGGAUCGAAGCGCUAGGAGGACCAGCAUAUUCGAAGCGUCGAUCAAGGGAAAACGCGGAUACAAAGAAUCCACCUUCAUUAAUUGACCUCCACACCAUCCUUAAUAAUCCUUCUGGAUUAUCUUAUUUCAUGGAAUUUCAAGACCGAAAAGAUAACAUGAACGAGCUUCAGUUCUGGCUGUUGAUCGACACUCUCAAUAUUAAAAUUAGUACGGAACAAAAAGGAGAGGCAGGCUCCACAGCGUUUGUCGGUGUAGGCGAACCCACUUCAAGAAAUAGAUCAGCAUUGAAUACACCCUCUUCUACACACUCCAGGAAACAAGAUCAAAAAUCACUUGGAGCUCUGACGCCAUCGUCUACAAGUACGGAUAGUACUCCCAAACCACCUAGCAAUAUAGCUGGAAGUAUCAGAAGUAAUCGUAAGGCCUCUAUCUCCACUAUAGUCGAAGGCACGGAUACGUUGCGGGAUGAUGUCAGGAUGAUCUACGACACUUAUUUUUCAGAAUCCGCACCGAGACCCGUCGUCAUUGAUCAUAGCCUUGUAGAUGUUUUACGUGAAUUCUCCAUGACUGAAAACAGCAACAUCCACAGCUCAAUAGACAAGAGUUCUUCCAGUUCAGAAUUGGAGAUCAAGAAAAAUGAGGAUGCUCGAGUUUCUAAUGUGCGCCAAAAACUAUUGGAAGCACAACAACAGGUUUUUGACCAGAUGCAGCAAAGAGACUAUCCUGAGUUCGUCAAAUCUGAUCUAUAUUUCAAAUUCCUGACAUCCUACCAAAAUUCGCUCGCUGAGGCAAGUCAUAAGGGCAAGGAGGCACGAGGGCAUCGCAGAACAUCCUCGUACCAACGUCCACCAAAUGCAGGGCCAACAUUGUUUUCAGCUAUUGGGCUGAGCUCGUCUGACAAACGGAAAGAAACGCCAGAGAAUACAAAAAGAUCGAGUGCAGGGUCUUUCCUGGAUAUUUUUGGACUCGGUCGUGACAAGGAGAGAGAGCAGGAUCGAGAACGAGAAAAAGAUCGUGAGCAGCAGCAGCAGGACUCUUUAAAGCGUACAGAGACUUCUAUCUCCAACUUCCGACCAUCAUUUCUAUUGUCCGCGCAUACACGAUCUAAAUCUGGAUCCCCCGUCUCGAUCGACUCAACCCAUUCAGCUCAACAACCAUCGGGGUCGAAACCAAAACAAAGCCUUGAUAUCCCUUCAUCAUCUUUAGAAGCCAAGAGACCUCCUCUCGCUCGCACUCGAUCUCUUAGUUCGAUUUCGAAUCCUGAGCUACCUGUCAGUGGAAGCCACGGAACCCAAGUAAUAAUCCCGUCAUCUUAUCGAAAAAGCCCAUCUACAGUUGGUCAUGGCCGUGAGAACUCUUUGGACUUGACAGAUACAGAGCGGUACGAAAGACCAUCGUCCGCCGGAGAGAGUACUCCAGUUCUGCGGAGUUCCUUAUUAAUGGAGUUACAAGGACAAGAAGAAGAUGAGGAAGACCUUGAAGUAGAUAACCAUGAAGGAUUGUCGAUACCAGGAAUAUCAAAGAAGCGGCCCGACAAAGAGGAUGUCAUUGUUGCAGUAGAGGCAGCUUUAACAUCAAUUAUGGAAAACCAGGAUGCACAACAAGAGGACUCAUCCGUCAGUGAUUUGAAGAGGAAAGGAGGCGUGGGCUCGGAGCUCCUGGACCCUAUAGACCCAAGAGCAGAUGCUUUAAAGGAUUGGGGUAAGUCUGAGAAGCCGUCGAGGCAGGGGUUCAAGGAGAAAACUUUGGAGGACGGUAAGACGACCAGGGUUAAAUCUCGCGAUCCGUCCGACUCAGGCUAUUCUCCACUCAGCAGUGUUUUUGAGUUCAAAAUGUCAAAAGGGUCCUCCUCCUCGACGAUUGAUAAGCAGGGACUCUCCCCAGCAGUGGAUAACGUGUCUCCUAGUGAUGAUGAUAUUGAUGACAAACGAAUGGAGGAGAUGAAGCCAACGAUUGGACGCAACUUGGAGGAUCCGACUAGAGAUUUGCAUUCGUUACAAAGAAGCGUAAAACGUGAUUAUACAUCGCCUAAUGAGGCAGAAUCUACAGGUGAUUUAGUAAAGGAAAAUGUUCAUCUUGCUGCGCCUGGAGACUUGCUUCUCUCUACAAAGAUCAAGAAGCUCGAACAGGAUAUUGAAACCGUGCUGAAGCAAGAAGCUAUUGUGGAGACCCUAAUACAAAAAGCGGAACGGCAGGGCCGUGAGAAUGAACUGAGGAUCUUAAAAAAGUCAAAAUCUGAUAUAAGACGUGAGAUUCGAAGCAUGGAGUACCAAAAGACCCUGUACGAGGUGCAAGAGCAAGAAAACAUGAUCAUGCCGGGUCGAUCCACUAUCAACAUCACAUCGUCCACUGUUGGCCAUGAAGGGUCAAAAGAAUUCGCUUUGUAUGUGAUUGAAGUCCAUCAACUUGCACAGGACGGCUCGUUUGCGUCUGGAUGGGUCAUUGCUCGUCGCUAUUCCGAGUUUUUUGCACUACACCAGCGAUUGAAAGAAAAAUACCCUUCGAUCGUUCGCCAGUAUGAGCUCCCUGCAAAACGUGGCUUUCUAAAACUACAACGGAUGUUUGUGGAGGGUCGUCGUAUUGGUUUAGAGCGUUAUCUCCAAUGUCUAGUGCAACAUGUCGAGAUUUGCCAAUCUCAGGAGUUGAGAGCUUUUCUUUCACAGGAAAAUGUAGCAUUGCCACAGUUCUCAGCCACACCGUCUUCCAGCAUCAUACCACAUGGCCUUUUCGAAAGUGAUCAUCAGGAAAAAGAGGCUGCAAAGCCAGCAGCUGAUACAUUGCCGUCACCCAGCCAAUUUUCCUUUGAACAACUAUUCCAUUCUGCAACCUCCCCAUUACAAUCUCCAGUGGCAAUGCGGGAUCCCUCUAGGAUGCAGAUUCUGAGCGGCUUUGGAUCGAGUGUAAAUGAUCCCGCAGGACGUCAUAGUGUUGAUGGUUCAAUCGAAGCAGAGCAAAAUGAAGGAUUUAUGAAGCAUAUUUACCAAACAGUCUCUGAGGGAUUGGAUGAUAUGUUUAGUGGUGGUCCACCGACAGUUUUAGGCAACAUUACAAAGCAGCUGGGUAACCAAAUGAUGCAGUUUACAAUGGAAGCGGAUGGGGAUGACAAGACUGAAUCUUUGGCAGGUCCUGUGGGCUUGAGGAAAAGACAUGGUAGUCAUGACGGUACCAGUAGCGUUAGACUAGUCCAAAGCGAAAUCCUCGAGCGACCCAUGACAUCACCUUUGUCUUCGUUCGAUACGUCAUCACCAUCACCGGUUACAGAGGUUGGCGGUCAGUCUAUUGGACGCCUGUCGCUGAUUCAAGCGGAGAGGAGUCGCAGACUAAGCUCACCAGAUCCUCACACGCAACAUCAAAGGACACAAAUUCAGCUUCAACAAUCUGAGCAAAAACAUGCCAAGCAGCGAGAGCAACAGCAACAACUGCAGUACCAACAGCAAAUUCAACAACAGCCGCAACAAAUUCGGCAGGAUGUGGCUGAAUCUGAAGGGGUUACUACAUUCACAGAGCCUUUGUGCGAUCUAUUUAUUGAAUUGUUUGAGCUUAAAGAGAAGAACAACUGGUUGAGGCGACAAGCUGUUGUUAUAAUUUUGCAGCAGGUCUUGGGGGGCACAAUUGAACGCAAGUUGAGAGACACGAUCAAAGCGUAUGUGGAAGAAAAUAUGCUUACGUUUUAUGUGAUCAAGCUUCGAGAUUCUAUUUGGCCUCCUGCUUCUAUUCCCAGUUCAACUUCUGGCAGUCUUUCAGGACAAUAUGAGGCUGCUGGGCCUGGUUUGGGAAUAUCAUCGAUGACGCCUAGAUCCUCAGUGGACCCAUUGCUAACAGGUACAAGUACGAGUACGGGUGCAGGUAAACCAUCCUCUACCUCUGCGGCGUCAUCCUCGACCACUGCAAGCGCGACAGCGGCUAGUAAAGUGACGAGGACUCCAGAACAAAGAGCGCUGACAAAAGAUCAAGCAAAUCGUAAACUCUCGGCUUUCUUACCCGAGUUACUUGGUAAUAUGGUGGGGCAUCAAAAUGCACGACGUGGUGCCAGACGUGUCUUUGCAGCUUUCCAGAAUCGAAGGCUAAAUCAGCAAUUAGUGUAUACCGCAUUGGAUGAAGUAAUCGCAGCAUUGUGGCCAGAACUUGCGUUGUCAUCCUCAGUUUCUUCACCAGCAACGACUGGAUCUUCUGACCCGCAACAACAAUAAUAGCGACAAUGAUAACAAUAUCAACAGCGGCAACUUCAAUACCAAUCAUUAAAAUCGAAUAUUUGUUGCAGGAAAAAAAUAAAAUAAAUAUAUAAAAG